AUGGGCAUCGUCCGUGAACGCCGCCAGCUUAACCUCCGCCUCCCUUUGCCGGAAACCUCCGAGCGCCGCCCUCGCUUCCACUUACCCCUCCCACCCUCCACCACCACCAUCACUGCUGCUGACCUCGAAAAACUUCAAGUCUUGGGCCACGGAAACGGCGGUACUGUCUACAAAGUCCGCCACAAACACACCUCAGCUAUGUAUGCAUUGAAAGUUGUUCAUGGAGAUAGCGACACCGCAAUCCGCCGCCAGAUCCUCCGUGAAGUUUCCAUCCUCCGCCGAACAGAUUCCCCUUACGUCAUCAAGUGUCACGGCGUCUUCGAUAUUCCCGGCGGCGAUAUAGCAAUCUGCAUGCAGUACAUGGACAUGGGCACCCUCGAGACCCUAAUGAAAAACGGCACCAAAUUCUCCGAGCAACUUCUUUCCAGGAUCUGCUUCCAGGUUUUAAGUGGGCUUGAAUAUUUGCACUCCCACAAGAUUAUUCACAGAGAUUUGAAGCCUUCAAAUAUAUUAGUAAACAAUAAAUUGGAAGUGAAAAUUUCUGAUUUUGGAGUCAGUAAAAUCAUGCACCGGACAUUGGAUCCCUGCAAUUCCUACGUUGGAACCUGCGCUUAUAUGAGCCCGGAAAGAUUCGACCCGGAUACAUACGGCGGCAAUUACAACGGGUACGCCGGCGAUAUAUGGAGCUUAGGAUUGACUCUACUGGAACUGUUCAUGGGCCAUUUUCCAUACUUGCCGGAGGGGCAAAGACCUGACUGGGCUACACUUAUGUGUGCCAUAUGCUUCGGCGAUCCACCGAGCUUGCCGGAAAGUGCAUCGGAAAAUUUGAAGAAUUUCAUUCAGUGCUGUUUGCAGAAGGAUCCCAGUAAAAGAUGGAGUGCAACCCAGUUGUUAUCACAUCCUUUUGUGCGAGAUAUUGAACUGAAAUCAACACGAGGACAUUAA